GAAAAGACAAAGGCCAUAGUAUCAGGAGGCGCUGUAUUGCUUGGAAUAAAGCAUAUAUAAAAUCUCCGUGGAAAUGGGGUGAGAGGAAAUGUCAUUCGUGAGUCAAAAGACGCUGUAACUGUGAAUGAAAGGUUUCCCUAUUUUUGAAAACUGAACUGCCUUCAGAAAGCAAUUUUCAAGGUCACCUGCAAUAAAAAUCACUCUCUAACAUCUGACAAACCAGUUCUAAUCGCAGUUCGACUUCUCAAAAUCCCUUUUUUUUCAGUUGCCACGAAAUAAUUGGAAAAGCCCUUUGAAAAUACCCUCACAAAGCCCGAUGGCAGUGAAAAGGAACCUUUGCCAUUGUUUGUUCCCAAGGCCCCUUUCAAACCAACGCGCCCAUGACGAUAGUAAAUAUUAUACGUACAACCCCUGGCGGUCAAGCGAAGCGAGAUCCUGUUUUGGCGGAGCAUUUUUUGCGCGGGAAACGUGGUCUACAAAACUCCACUUUGUCCUCGGCGAGCCACUACUUCCAUCUCCUCCCGCGCUGCGAACACACCUCCGGCGCCAUGUGGAUCAAGGUGUUAACCCUCCUCGGUGGAACAUGUCUGGUGGUUCUUGCGGCGGAGGAGGCGGCCAAGGACCCGGCCGCCGAGGUCUCUCCCGCAGAAGGGACUGAGGAGGAGGACCAGCGAGACAAGAGGAUGCUGCCGCACUAUUUCCUGAACGGCUGGAACGCCAUGGCGUGGAGAGAAGGCUCGGGCGCCCCCUUCUACCGCCAGCUCAUUUCUCGCCCGGGUCUGCCUCCUCUCCAGUACUACGGACGGCCCCGCAACCACGCCUUGCUUUCUCCGGACUCGUUUGACUUCUACUACGCACACCCUUACUUCUACGACAUGGACAGCCCAAGCUUCCCCGUCACUCGAGCUCAAAUGCAAUCUUACUGUUCAGCUAACUUUGGUCCCGGACUGAGCACUGGCGCCCCAGGCUUCGGUCAGGCUGGGCAAGGGUCAGCAGCAGGGUUCCCACCUGGAUCCUCAAGUUCCGGAUUCGCGGGGGUCUCUGGGAGCUUCCCCUCUGAUGAUAAAGGCCAGUCCGCGGGAGGGUUCCCGUCCGGCACCGGCAGCGUCUCGGACUCCAGCGCCGGCCCGUCCUUCCUCAACCCGACCUUCCAACGGCCGGGCGGCUUCCCGGGUGGCAGUCCCGGCUUCAAUGUACCCCCGAGCUUCGGCCCUGGGCGUCCUGGGUCCAGUUCUUUUGGCUCUGAUGGUUUUGGAUCACCUGGGUCACCAAGUUCUGGCUUCGGUGCCCCAGGGUCACCAGGCUCUAGCUUUGGCUCACCUGGGUCCCCCGGUUCUAGUUUUGGCUCACCUGGGUCCUCCGGUUCUAGCUUUGGUUCACCUGGGUCCCCCGGUUCUAGCUUUGGCUCACCUGGGUCCCCCGGUUCUAGUUUUGGCUCACCUGGGUCCCCCGGUUCUAGUUUCGGUUCACCUGGGUCUCCAGGCUCUAGCUUCGGUUCACCUGGGUCUCCAGGUUCUAGCUUUGGUUCACCUGGGUCCCCCGGUUCUAGCUUCGGCUCAUCUGGAUCUUCAGGGUCUUCUAGCUUCGGCUCAUCUGGAUCUUCAGGGUCUUCUAGCUUCGGCUCAUCUGGAUCUUCAGGGUCUUCUAGCUUCGGCUCAAAUGGUCUCCCGGCUCUAGCUUCGGUUCAAAUGGGUAUCCAGGUUCUAGCUUCGGCUCACCUGGGUCUUCAGGUUCUUCUAGCUUCGGUUCUUCUGGUUCACCUGGAUCUUCUGGCUUUGACUCCUCUGGGUCUUCUAGUUUCGGAUCGUCUGGGUCAUCAGGCUCGUCCGGCUUCGGUUCCAGUGGAUCGUCCGGCUUCGGUUCCAGUGGAUCGUCCGGCUUCGUUCCUCCAGUGGAACGUCCCGGAUUCGGUUUCCAGUGACGGUCCCCCCUUUAACCAAGUUCCAGUGGUAGACUUGUUAAUUGUGGUGCGCAGGAUAAGAUGGUCUCGGCAAUACAAAGAUAAGUGA